UUCUCAAGUUUUCAGGCAAUGGUAACAAAGAGUGGCUAUAGUAGUGAGCUGUGAAUAGUGAACCACUCGUGUCCUGCAUCCAGGGAAUGGAUAAUUGAUUGACAGUGUCUCGAGUUUACAUCGAACCUCAACCAAAGAGAGAUUCCUUUGGAUACGCUAAACGUGAAUGCCGAACUCCAAAUGAUUAUAAGCACUCCUCAGAGGUUGAGCGCGGGAGGAGAUCUUCUCAUAGGGAGUCCGUUCGCCGUGGCCAACACAACCAUGGUUACUCAGAGCCACAUCACAGAAGCUACCAACUGGAUUCCUGGGGACCGGAAGCGUGCCCGGGAAUUCAUAGAAUCUGACUUCUCGGAGAGCAAAAGGAGCAAAAGAGGGGAAAAAAGUGGAAAGGGCCUAAGGCAUUUCUCCAUGAAGGUCUGUGAGAAGGUUCAGACGAAAGGAACCACGUCAUAUAAUGAAGUGGCGGAUGAGCUGGUGGCAGAGUUUACCGCCUCUGCUGGGCACCUAGCCACAGACUCUGCCUACGACCAAAAGAACAUCAGACGAAGAGUUUAUGAUGCUCUGAAUGUACUUAUGGCCAUGAAUAUUAUCUCGAAGGAAAAGAAAGAAAUUAAGUGGAUUGGUUUACCAUCCAACUCUGUUCAGGAAUGUGAAAAUUUAGAGACAGAGAAACAGAGGAGAAUAGAACGCAUUAAACAGAAGAGGGCACAGUUACAGGAAUUGCUCCUACAGCAAAUUGCCUUUAAGCACCUUGUUCAAAGGAACCGACAGAAUGAGCAGCAGAGCCGCAGUCCGCCCGCUGCAAACUCCACCAUCAAACUUCCCUUCAUUAUCGUGAACACCAGCAAGAAGACCGUCAUAGACUGCAGCAUUUCUAGUGACAAAUUUGAAUACUUAUUUAAUUUUGACAACACGUUUGAAAUACAUGAUGACAUUGAGGUCCUCAAGAGAAUGGGGAUGUCAUUUGGACUUGAAUCAGGAGUGUGUUCACCGGAGAACCUGAAACUUGCCAAAUCGUUUGUACCGAGAGCCUUGGAAGGAUACGUGAUGGACAUGGCAACAGGAUCCUCAUCAUGGACAGAUCAAGGGCUGAAUUUCAGUACAUCACAGACGGUCUCUGCAGUGAACACAGCCGGCACCACCACUUUCUCCCAGCCUAGUGUGACUCCAGGGUUAUUUUUUGACACAGAAGUAUCUCUCACCACCAGCAGUCACCACUCCAGUUCAGGAACAUCUCACUACACAGAGUCCAGAGGAGAGACCCCUUGUUCUUUUGACGAUGAAGAGGAUGACGAAGACGAUUCAUCGUCCCUGGAGUAGAGAGAGAACACAGGGGUACAAAUACAAAGCUCGGUCUUCCAACCUGGAGACUGUCGUAGGAGGGAGCGCACAUCUGUAUCCUCUGACAAUAUUAUUAUUAUUAUUUUUUUAUUUUUUUUUGUAUGAAGAAGGCUGUGGAAGAAACAGACUGUGAUCUACAUGCUGGCAUCUUGUCGCAGUAAUUAUGUUUAUAUAUAUAAAUAUAUAUAUAUGUCAGAGUUUAGCAGUCGGAUCCUAGAGAGUCAAACAUUAGCUCUGCAAGGUAUUUUUUAUCUCACAGACAAACUGCUGCUUUAACUCCAUCACUGCUGGGGAAUUGCU